UUGAAUGUCUAUUACAGUUGAAGAUUUGGCAGCUAAUAUCGAGACAGUCUUAGCCUCUUUGGGUGAUGAAAAAAUGUAUACUUGUCUUCAUCUUGUAGGGUCAACUGGGAAGUGGUUGAGUAGACUGAACAUAACCUAAUGAAACAUUUUGAUUAACUAUUUGAGAGAUUAUAUACACUCAAAGAUUCAUUAUAAAGAGUAUUCUUAAUAAACAUCAAAAAUUUGAGAUAAUAUGAUGCAAAGGAUUUAGUCUAAAAAGUUAAAGAUAAAAAACUAGAACCUGUUGUUUUAAAAUCAUUAACUCAAUAUGCCUUUAAAAAUGAUAAGGAUGAAUUAUUACUUAAUCCUUCACUCAUUAAAGGAUAGGUUAACAGUAUUGUUUUACCAUGGGUUGGAAAUAAUUUAUCAGUUACUGAUAAAAUUAAAGAAACUAAUGAAUGGCUUGAUUAAAAAUUAGCUGAAUUAGAAGUCUUCAAACCUAAAGAAUCUUAAGAAACUACUAAAAUCUAAGAUUUAUAACCAAAAAAUGAGGGAAAUGAUAAAAGUAUCAUAAUUUAUUCUAAUCAUAAGACAACUACACAUUCAAAAGUGACAAAUUAAAUGAAAUUGCUUCAUAAAUUUAAACUAUGCAUAUUCCAAAUACAAAUAACAUGAUUAGCAUUAAGACAUACACUUAAAUAGUUGAAGGUAGUGUUGAGUUGGCUGAACCUGAAUUUAUAAGAAUUACUUUGGAAAAUAGAAAGGCCAGAAGAGAAGUUCUUUAUUCUGAUGGAGCUAAAUAUGUUUAAUUAUUAUUGGAUUAUGUUAAUGACAUUGAAAAUCUUCUAAUGAAGGCAUAAGAAGAAAUAUGUAAGAAAAUUGAUAUUUCAUAAUAAACACUUGAAUAAAGUGAAAUGUUAUUAAUGGAAAGAGGACUUGGAUAACAUGUAUUUAUGUUACAAGCAUCAGCAAGAUAAAGAAUUAAGGAUAAGCUACCAAAAUAGAAAUAGGUUUAAAUGAAUGCUACAAAAGAAAUUAUUAGAUAUUAAAUCAAAUUACUAAAUGAGAAAUAAGAUUUCUUAAAAAAUAUGAUUGAUAAAUUACCUACAACUUAUGAAUCAGGAUAAUUAGUUCCUAUGGUAUUAAAUUUAGUUAUGGGAGAUAUGAUAUUUGAAGAACAUAGCUAUGAAGAAGAAGAUUAUAUUUCUAAUCUUGAAAAUCCAUGUAAAAUAGUUUAAAUAUUUUAGAAUUAUUCUAAGAUCCAGAUAUGAUGGAAUUACUAAAAUCAAUUGAAACUGGAGUUGUUUAAUUAUUAGGAAAAACAGCAUUCGCAUAACCUUAAGGUGGUAUGAUGGGUAACAUUCCUCCACAAAUGUUAUAGAAAUAAUAAUAAUAAUGAUAAAUGU